GCAAAGGGACAAGCUACAGCAGUCAGACGGAGAACUCGCACGUCGCAGCACCUUCACCUUCUUUCUUUCUCCUCGGGAAUAUUCUUAACACAAGUGGUUUUACAUUUUGAGAACUGGAUCGAGGAAUACUCAACUAGCUAGAACAGUGAGGAGCCUCUUAAAGGAUGUCAUUUAUAUAUCGAUAGACAACUGAUUGGUUCCGCACUGCGCACAAGCCUUAUUUGGAUUAUUGAAUUCUCUUCGGAUGAAUUUGAUCAUGAACGGAUCUGGUAAAUGAUUUUUAGUUCGGUGUCCACACAAAAUUAUCCGCGUUCUUUUACGCGUUCGGACCCCGAUGAGAGAUCCGACCAGCGGCUCCAGAUCGUUUUUACGCAGCCAGUCCCAGGAUCAUAACGUCGACAGUGGUGCUUCUCGCCGAACAGGAGUGGAAAACCCGCCUGCGUGCAGAGCCAAGUCUCCGUUAGACCCGUCACGUCAGGCCAAAAGGCUCCCGAUCAGGAUUGUAAAGAUGUUGACGGCGCACAGCGGCCACUUGCUCCACCCGGAGUACCUUCAACCCCUUCAGUCCGCACCAGUCAGCAUCGAGCUGGAUGCCAAAAAGAGUCCAUUAGCUUUGCUGGCUCAGACAUGCUCUCAAAUUGGCAAACCGGACCCUCCCUCCUCUUCCAAGCUUGCCUCCCUCUCCUCCGGCAGUUUAGGAGACAAAGAGUCCACGAGCCGAUCAUCCAAGUCUGGAGAGCAGCACCACUCCUCGGAUGACAAGUCCAGCUUCAAACCUUACUCCAAGUCAUCGGGCGAAUGUCGUAAAGAAGUUCAAGUGUCCAAGGGGUCUUCAGAUAAAACUUUCAGGGUGGCUAACGGAACCUCGAGCGGCGGCAGUGUUUCUUGUCCAUCUUUCCCACCCCAUUCCAAAUCACCAAGCUCCCCUCAGCUUCACAUUCAGAGCCGGCCUCAUACACAAAGUCAUUCCCCAUCCGCACAACCACUGGCACACUCACAGGCCUCACACAUGGACAAGCCUGCCAGUUUGGAGCAGCCCAGCUCGGACAUUAACAGCAGUGGAGACAAAAAUGACUCAGAUACAGCUAAGUCGGUAAUGGACGGGGCUCAGUUGGCCAACUCCAGCCACAUACGGGCCAGCGCCAAUUCCAGUAAUGCCAGCUCUGCCAGUAGUCCACGGCCUGAGAGCAAGGCCGACACACAGGCCUCUCAGGGUAACCUGGUCUCUGGCCACAUCGCACCUGUCUCCCCCUUUAAACCAGGACAUUCUGUUUUUCCAUUGCCUCCUGCUUCAAUGGGCUACCAUGGGUCCAUCGUGGGAGCCUAUGCAGGUUACCCCUCACAGUUUGUUCCUGGCUUGGACCCUACCAAGUCUAGUCUGGGGUUAGGACUUCCAAGUAAACACCCUAGUUCCAGUCCGCUGACCGGAGCCUCGCCGCCGUCCUUGAUGCAGGGCUUGUGCCGGGACCCUUAUUGUUUGACUUACCCUAAUGCAGCCCACUUGGGAGGAAAUAACUGUUCCACCUGCGUCCAUGACCCCUCAAGUCUCAAGUCUGGCUUUCCCCUGGUCUACCCUUCGCACCACCUGCACUCCUUGCACUCUAGCGCCUUGUCUUCCAGCACCACGCCCUCUCUGUCGCACCCGCUCUACACUUAUGGUUUCAUGCUUCCCAAUGAACCGUUACCACACGCCUGUAACUGGGUGUCUGUCGGAGGUCCCUGUGACAAGAGAUUUGCCACUUCAGAGGAGCUCCUCGCCCACUUGCGUACCCACACAGCUUUACCUGGGAUGGUGGAGAGUAAACUCUUGUCAGCGUACCCUUCGUCCAUUUCAUCGACUGCCUCCUGCCAUCUUCAUCUCCCGCCGCACAGCAGCCCGGGCUCCCUGCCCAGCUCCUUCUCUCUCCGAGGGUCCCCUGGCUUGGGCCUGGCCCGCUACCACCCCUAUAGCAAAUCCCACCUGCCUGGAGCACAUGGCCUUCCCAUGCCAUCCAUACCUUCAUCUUCAGCUUAUUACUCCCCUUACGCUCUCUACAGUCAGAGACUAGGCUCGGCCUCUGCCCUCGGAUACCCAUGAUAUCACAAAUAGCAGUGACUUUCACCGUCUGCGAGAACCAUCUUGAACUCUCCGGAGCAAUCCCGAAGAUAGACUGCUCGCAGAAGAAUCUUCAGCAGUCAGGGCAUCAUUCUUGAUGGUCAGCCUGUCGGGAAUACCACCUGUUAGCCUCACAACUGCGACUGGUAGUGUUUGGAAGCCACACAGAUCCAAUAGACAUAAAGCUAUUAAUGAUACCAAUAAGCAAAGCUUGAAAAUGAUGAAAUUGUUUUUCAUCUCUCGAUUUUGUUAUUUGUAUCUUUUCUUUUUUGAUGUCACCCAAAACGGAGAUUCUGUAUUUAUUUUUCACACAUGCGCUUGCUUCAACUCUGGGGGAUUUUUAUUCCUGUCCAAAAAAAAACCUGUUACUCAAAAAUCUAGAAUGAUUGAAGUAUAUUACCGUAAUGGCUAGUACACGCUCUAAAAAUGUUGCACCAUGAUAAAGAUGGACUAUAAUGCUUUAUUCUCGAUUAUGUCUUUAACUCUCCUAAGGUUUACUUUAUUCAUCUUUGAAUGCUUAUUCAGACUCUGGAGACGUGCAUGUCAAUGAAAAUUAUUUUUAUUUGUAAAUAUGCAAAGAUGUAAUAUUUUUUCAAGCCUUCAUGUGGGGCAUUGAUUUGGGGUCACAAAUGGUACAAACAUAAGAAGACCAGAGGUCAAAUCUGUUAAUAGACUGUAAUAUUCAACCAACUUGGGAAAGUCUUAUUUUAUUAAAUAAAUGAUACUUGAUUGCA